CGCUGUUGUUACAGAUUUUGCUUUUGCUCCUUCUACCGCAUGACAAUUGUUUUCCUCGUCUAAGCAGAUACCAGCCUCAGAUGCUCAAGUAAUGGACUGUGAUAGAGUUAAGGCCUUUUGAAGGUGAGCUGUUUGAGAGCUGAUGCUUAAACAUGUCUGAAGUAGCUGCCGACACUUUCCCCAGCCCCUCCGCUCAGCUGAGCCCUGACGCAUCCCUCAACGGGCUCCCGGCUGAGGAGAACAUGCCGGGGAACCAAAGAGAGGACAGGAGUGUCCAAAGGAUAGCAGGCCUUGCCACAACCUGCUGUGUGUGCCUGGAGGCAGAGCGACUGAAGGGCUGCCUCAACUCUGAAAAGAUAUGCAUCGCCCCUAUCCUGGCUUGCCUGCUCAGCCUUUGCCUCUGCAUUGCUGGCCUCAAGUGGGUCUUUGUGGACAAGAUUUUUGAGUAUGACUCUCCUACCCACCUUGACCCUGGGAGGAUAGGACAAGACCCAAAGAGCGCUGUGGAUCCUACAGCUCUGUCUGCCUGGGUGCCUUCAGAGGUGUAUGCCUCACCCUUCCCUGUACCUAGCCCCAAGAGCAAGGCUGAAGUGACAGUGCAAAGUGACAGCUCGCUCGUGCCCUCCAAAACGUUCCUCCAGCCUUCUCUGUAUAACCGCAUCCUAGAUGUUGGGUUGUCCUCUGCUGCACCUUCGCUGUCACCACCUGCCCUGGAGCCUACCACAGCGUCUCAGGCACAAGCAACAGAAACCAAUCUCCAAACUGCUCCAAAACUUUCCACUUCCACAUCUACAACCGGGACAAGUCAUCUCACAAAAUGUGACAUAAAGCAGAAAGCCUUCUGUGUAAAUGGGGGAGAGUGUUACAUGGUUAAAGACCUCCCAAACCCUCCAAGAUACCUCUGCAGGUGCCCAAAUGAAUUUACUGGUGAUCGCUGCCAAAACUACGUAAUGGCCAGCUUCUACAAGCAUCUUGGGAUUGAAUUUAUGGAAGCUGAGGAACUGUACCAGAAACGGGUGCUGACCAUAACUGGCAUUUGCAUUGCUCUUCUAGUAGUUGGCAUCAUGUGUGUGGUGGCCUACUGCAAAACCAAGAAGCAGAGGAAAAAGUUGCACGACCGCCUUCGGCAGAGCCUGCGCUCGGAAAGGAACAAUGUGAUGAACAUGGCCAACGGGCCGCACCACCCCAACCCGCCACCGGAUAACGUCCAGCUGGUGAAUCAGUACGUUUCAAAAAAUGUAAUCUCCAGUGAGCAUGUCAUUGAACGAGAAACAGAGACCUCAUUUUCUACGAGCCACUACACCUCAACAACACAUCACUCCAUGACAGUCACCCAGACACCCAGCCACAGCUGGAGCAAUGUCCACACUGAAAGCAUCCUCUCUGAAAGCCACUCGGUGCUCGUAAGCUCCUCCAUGGAGAACAGCAGACACACCAGCCCAGCAGGGCCUCGGGGCCGCCUCAAUGGCAUCAGUGGGCCACGGGAAGGCAACAGCUUCCUCCGGCAUGCGAGAGAGACCCCUGACUCCUACCGAGACUCUCCUCACAGUGAAAGGUAUGUCUCAGCUAUGACCACACCAGCUCGCAUGUCCCCUGUCGAUUUCCACACUCCGACUUCUCCCAAGUCCCACCCCUCCAAAAUGUCACCACCGGCUUCUAGCUUGACCGUCUCCGUCCCCUCAGUGGCGGUGAGUCCCUUCAUAGAAGAGGAGCGACCGCUGCUCCUGGUGACCCCACCACAGCUACGUGAGAAGUAUGACCACCACCUUCAGCAGUUCAACUCCUUCCACCACAAUGCUGCCCAUGAGAGCAACAGCCUGCCGCCAAGUCCUCUGCGGAUAGUGGAGGAUGAGGAGUACGAGACCACGCAGGAGUAUGAACCAGCACAGGAAUCUCCAAAGAAACUCACCAACAGCCGGAGGGUCAAAAGAACAAAGCCUAAUGGCCUCAUUUCCAGCAGGGUGGAAGUGGACUCCGACACGAGCUCUGAGAGCAGCAGCUCUGAGACCGAAACCGAAGAUGAAAGAAUAGGCGAGGAUACACCAUUCCUGAGCAUACCGAAUCCUGUGGCAACUAGUCUGGAACCAUCUGCUACCUACCGGCUGACUGAAAGCAGGACUAACCCAGCGAAUCGUUUCUCCACACCAGAAGAAUUGCAAGCAAGGUUGUCCAGUGUGAUAGCUAACCAAGACCCUAUUGCUGUAUAAAACAUAAAACACAUAGAUUCACAUGUAAAACUUUAUUUUAUAUAAUGAAGUAUUCCACCUUUAAAUUAAACAAUUUAUUUUAUUUUAGCAAUUCCGCUGAUAGAAAACAGGAGAGGAAAAAAAACUUUUAUAAAUUAAAUAUACGUAUGUACAAAUGUGUUAUGUGCCAUAUGUAGCAAUUUUUUACAGUAUUUCAAAAAUGGGGAAAGAUAUCAAUGGUGCCUUUAUGUUAUGUUACGUUGAGAGCAAGUUUUGUACAGUUACAAUGAUGACUGUCCCAUAGUAUUUUGCAAAACCUUCUAGCCCUCAAUUGUCCUGGCUUUUUUGUGCACUGCAUUAUAAUGACUGGAUAUAUGAUUUGCAAGAAUUGCAGAAGUCCCUCUGGUCGCUUGUUGUAGAAUCCCCAGAUCAAAAAGCCCUGUAAUGGCACUCCCACCAUACCCACCCCAUGAGAAAAACACACACACACAGAAAAGAAAAGAGAAAAAAGAAAAAAAGCUGAAAAAACAACAAAAAAACGUUUCUUCUAUAAGAAGUUUUAUUUGCUUUCCGUAUAUGAAAUGAGUUUUGUCUGCUCUCUGCCAGCCAAAAGGUUUGCUUCUUUGAGCACUGGGAUAAUAGUAGAUCCAACAGCAUGCUACUAUUAAUUACAGCUGGAUAACAAAAAAAAAAAAAAAAAAAAAAAAAACACACAAAAACAAAAAAAAAAGAAACAAAAAAAUAAGCCAAACUGCAUUAAAUAAUGUUACUUAUAGAAAAAAAGUACUACUGUGAUUUUAAACCAAAUAUAUUAUUAAUCAGAGGUCAGCUUGUAAUCACUAGAAGCUGACAUUUCAUUACUUUCCAGAUGUUAAUUGUUCUAGUUAUCCCUUAGAGAAUGGGUUUAGGUUAGCUGAGGCUUUGAACCCAAUAAUCUAAUAAAAAAAGAAAAAAAAAAAAAAAAGAAAAAAAAAAAGAAAAAAAAAUUAUAUUAGUUUCAAUGAAUGGGGCAAAUAUAAUAGCAGAUAUCUGUAACUGAGCAAGGAAGAGAUCUAGCUGGAAAACAAAUUCCAGUAAUAAAAGUGCAAUCAGUUUUCACCUCUAUUCUUUAAUGUUGAUUUCAGAUAGAUGAUUUAUCCUUUUGUUUCUCAAUUUUCUCCUCUUUCUUCUCCUCAGAAAGAACCCUGACAAGCUUCUAGCAAUACCUUGUUAGAAUUGCUGUUGGAGUAAGGGUUACUCUUGGAUACAAAAAUGACUUUCAGGGAAGAACUGAUUUGCUAAAUGGUUAAAAAGUAUAGGAAAGUAGGAAGGACACAGCAGAAGUAUGGAGUUCAUUUCUACUUGCCUUUAUUGACCCCAUUAUUUGGGGUGAGAGAGGCAAAGGCAAUGCAAAGCCCAUUUAUGAAGGCAAGCACACCAUGUGAGUUACAGCUGUCAUGUGCGUGGCUAUUUGAUAUCAGUGUUUAUAUAGCCAGUUCUGGUGUUGAAGUCUUUGACUAGUAAUGAACAAGCAUGCUGUCAGUGCUGGAGUGGUUGCAUCCGUUCAGACAGAAGCAAACGGCCUCUUUUGCACUGAAUUCCUAUCAGUUUAGUCAGGGUCACUCUGCCUCUUCUCUCCUUUUGAUUUUUGUUGUGUGUUCAGUUGGCACUGCAUAGACUCAGGACUGAUGUGGAAAACAGAUGUUUUUCCUAGACUCCAAGGAUUCUGAAAAUGAGAACAUAUGUUUUACAGGUAUCACUGGACUUUAAAUAAGAGCCAUGCCAAGAGAAAAAGAAUUUCAGCCAAACUACACUCAUCCUUUGGGCCACAUGCUGGUCCCAGUUAAAUGAAGAGAAAUGAGUCAAGGAAAUUUUGUGAGAUGUAAACCCAAGGAACUAAAGUCCCGACUCAGUAAAUUGUUCAAGCAUAUGCUUAUGCUAAUCCCAGCAAAAGUUAUCUUCAGCAUGUGCUAGACUCCUAUCAACGCAUCCAGCACAUGCAUAAAGUUAAGCAUGCGCUUAAGAGUUUUGCUGAACAAGGUGUCGUAUUGAUUUGAGACAUGAAAACAAAGUCUGGUAUAUGAAGCUAUUUAUCAGCAUGAUGAAAAUCAGUGAGUUACUCACUGUAUAAAUGAACCAUAUCACAUUAGCAAGAACAUGGAUGAGUCUACCUGACCACCAGAUACAUCAGAAAACAAACAAACAAACAAACAAACAAAAAAACAAACAAAAAAACAAACAAACAAACAAACAAAAACAACGAAACAAAACAAAACAAAACAAACAAAAAAGAACCCCAAACCUUAGUAUAGGAAGAAGAUGAUGACAAAGUUGUACAUGGGAUGCUGGUAGCAGAAUCAAAAGGCUAGGAAACUAGCACAGUUUUGAGUUUUGGGCUAUCUGGUAGCUGAAAUAGCACUGCUUAUUUGAGAAGUCUAUGGGAGAUGGCAAAGUUUGUCAAAUACAUACUAUCUGGACAUAAGUCCUCUUUGCUGUUUUUUCCCUAUCUGGCAUGUACUUGAACACACUUUGCCUUUGCAGACAGAAACAAAAUCUCUCUACAAAUUCUAGAUACCGUACACUCAUUUUCACCCUUAUAGUCAUGCCUAUUUAUCUGCAAUCCCAUGCAGCAGAACAUCCACCUCCCCAGUUACUGCAACACAGUACUACAGAGGGCCAGGUGGGCUUUCCAGAUGUAGACCACCAGUUUCCAAAGGAUUUGCACUGUUAAGUUUCUAGAGGCACUUGAAAACCUGUCCUUUCAGUGAGGAGUCUGAUACUGCAAAGAUCUUAUAUGACAGAUAAGACAGAAGAAAAAUGGCAGACGAACAGAUUUGCCCCACAGUCACCCAGUUGAGUGGCAGAAUAGAGAUUACAACAGAGGCCUUUUAUAAUGUCCUCCAGUAUAGACCACCCACAAGGCCAGCUCUCAUGGAAGUGUCUGUGAUAGCCCAGACAGAUUAAUUAGGAAGGAAAGGGAACUUGUCUUGAAGUAGAGUAAAUUAUUUGGCGACUAACACUGUUAUUAUAGAAGGCCAGUAUAAAACAAAGGAGCAGUUGCAUGCUUGGGAGCUGUACAUGUGAGAUUUAUUUGGUGUGGGUCUAGGGGAAAAUGUCACACCUCUUCUGUUGCAGUGCCUCAAAGUCAAAGUGGUAUGCAGUCCCUGCUCCUCCUUUACUUGGUACAUAUAGUAGUGUGUUAUAGGAAAAGCAUGAAAUUAGGCUGGGGACUUCACAUGGACCUAAGAACAAGAAAAUACAAUUGGGGAUAUGGCUGCCUAAGCCCUUAGGUCUUUGGGGAGAACCCAGCCUUACAGCACAAUUCAUGCAACAGCGAGUUAUGGGAGUAGCCCUGGCUUGGCACUCACAGAAGCAGGAGCAGGAUGCAGCCCCUCACCUCUGGACUUGCUUUUAGCACACUGUGAGGGUACUCCACAUCAGUCAAAUCCACACUACAACGUUAGCAAGUAUACAUGGCCACAGGUUCUGCUGGCAGGCUGCAGCCAGCUCCUGCUGGCCAAGGGGCUGGAGACUGCAACAGCAUGGAGCAGAGCCAGCAAGUGCCUACAGAAAAGGCCAGCUCCCCUGUUAGGGAUGUUCAGUUCAUUACCCAGACCUCUGAGCUAGGCAGUUCCAGCACCCUCAAGCCAUCACUGUGUAACCCUUGCCAGCUUUUGACUGAAAGUCAUGGCAAGGAGAAACAUACUUUGAAGAUAAGGGAAAUGUUCCAGUGGUGGCAGAGUGGUUUCUUUCCAUGUCAUUUAACUUGAACCUUCAGUUUUCCCUGUGCAUGUGUUUAUAUGCAGGAAUUAUUCCAGGAUAAAAGGCUUCCUUCAGGGGUGUAUAGCUGGAAUAUGUUGUGCACAACCUGGUACAGCCUGCCUGUUCAGCUGGUGUAAAUUGUUACAGCUCCACAGAAGUUCUCAUGUAACAGAGAAAAACAUACUCCCUCCUCUUGGCCCAGCUAUUCCCUUCCUCACUUGAGCCACCACAACACCCCCAGGUUUAAAAGAUCAAUCACUGCCUUUAUCAGGGAAACAGGAAAGUUCCUCCUCUUUCCAGUCCUCCAAAACAACAACGCUGCAUCUCCCUGCUUUUCCCACACACAUUGCAAGAAGUAUCCUGAGGACCCAGGAUAGCAAACUUGUGUCCCCACAAAGGACACACUUGUCAACCUGUUGAACACUUCUUGGCCCUGCAGUGUGGCUACUUAAUAUCAGCUGGGACUUACUUCUAGUAAGAAACAAAAAAAACACCUAUGAAAUGCUGCAGAGAAGGGCAGACAAAGAACAUGGCCAAUUAUCAUCAUUUGUAAUUCUCUAUUCUACUGUAAAUACAUCUUGUACAUACUUGGAUGUUUUCAUCAUUUACUGUCCUUAUGGGUUAUGUGUUAAAUAAGACUCUCUUAGUUUAUUGUGUAACACUGUAAAUAACAUAACGUCCUUUGUUAUUUAUGCAUAGGCAUCUAACACGCAGAGAAAGUUAUCCUCAUAUUAUUUUAAGAUAUAUGUCAAAAAUAUGUUGCAUUUUUCUUUUUGCUUUGAAAAAAUUGUAAUAUAUCCUCUUUUUCCCCUCUUUUCCUUUAAAAGAAAAAUGAAUGCUAAUUUAUUGUUCAGGAGAGAAAGGGGAUGUAACUGAAAGGCAAACUGUUCAAAGAACAUGCUGUGGAAGCCACAAGCUACUGAUAAACUAAAGAAUUUAUUAUCCCAAAUACAGCAAUAAGUAAUUGUUGAUUUAUUAAGUUUUUGUUAUUCAUUUUCAGUAAAAGAGGUGCUGGAUUAAA